GCAUGCCAUGGAGGGGUUUUUUGACUAUUAGUUGGGAUAAGGCUGUUGAUGAGUCAAGCAGCUUUUUCUCCAAAGAUGUGUUUGAUAACUGUUCAGCGGCAUUCCACGCGAUCCAUGGAAUUCCUCAGUCUCCAUGGCCACAAGACGAACAGGGAUCGAUGAAACGUAAUUCACGGGGAGCAAGUGGUAAAGCUUGGUCACCAUCCCAUUUGAAGCGAGUAGCUGUAGAAAGCGUAGGAGGCCAAGGAAAAACAUUAAAAAUUCAACCACCUGUGCCUUUCCCUCGGAAGUCAGUUUUGAAUGCCUUUGAACAAAAAGAUUACUUGUUCGCAAUCAUUAGAGUCAUGAGGUCAUUCAUGGUUGCAAUACCAGCUGAUGCUGAUGACUUCAUUCGUAUCAAGGAAAUGCAAAUAAAACUAAGAGAUGAAAUACAGGAGUUCCAGAAACUUGCACAAACCAUUAUGGAAAACAAUCCAUCAGCCUACCUUAGUUUGAACCCUGGGAUUGCCAGAUACGUAAAUGAAACAUGGAAGACACAGUUAGCUAGUGUGCAGUUCUAUCCACCUUUUUACAAACUGAUCGGGAACAUUAUUCUUGUACCCAAAGAGAAUAUCAUAACCCUGGACAUGGCAUUGGAAAGAACUGUUUUGGAAUUAGGCCGAAUUCCAUGUCAGAUAUUCCCCCCCUUAAACACGCUGAUAAAAAUACAACGAAAUUACAAGAUAAUAAACAAUCGGUAUCCUACAAAUGUCCUCGAGAGCGAACAAAUGAGUAAUGAUGGCAAUGCAGUUAAGCUUGCUACUAAAUACGGAGUGAAGAUUGUCAUUAGUGCGAAGGCGCUGCGUUCUCUUGCGGGAAAUGUCGGACCUCUUUACCGACGUUCGUGGGAUAUUCCUUUCACCGUAAAAGAAAUCAAUUUGCAUGGCGAAAUUAACAAAGUUAUUUUUGUUGAUGAACCCCUUCCUCCGUCUGAGAUGUCAGCCGUUGAAAAAAAUGCGCUAUUCAAUAGAAUGGCUCUAAAAUGUCAAUUUAGUAAUAUGAAUCGCUCACGUUUCUUCGUCUACCCUGGAUCGGGAAAGAAAUAUGAAUACUUAGAGUCUGCUGAAGAAGUUCCUGGAGACAUAUUUAGUUCCGACAACACGGAUCUCGACAGCCUUGAGACAUUUGGCAUUGAAAAGCGAGCAUCCAGUUCGUCCAACAUUUCCACCCUUAAAGUUGGUGAAGCGCAACAAGUAACCUCAGAAACAGGAAAUACUGUAGAGGCGGUAGAAGUCACAGACGUGGGAAAGCAGAACAAACUCAUGGAACACGAGUUUUCGACAGCCACCGAUUCUGAUUCUUCAGAGAUUUCUCUGGUUAUCGACACAGGUAGUGAAUGUGGCCAGUCUCCACGGAAAAGGAGCGAAAAUGCCCGUAAAAACAUUAAGAGCCAUGAAAAGUUACGACCUAACGAAACUGAUUCUUCAAAAACACAAAAAAGUAUCAGUACAGAAAAUCAAGCUGAUACGCAGAAUAAAAAUAAAGUCCCAGACUCUGGUUUCAAGGUUCCAACAAGAACCUGUAAAAGCGGCGCUUCGAUCCAUCAAGCCAAUUUGCUUAGCGACAUUCUUCAGGAUCAGGAAAAAAUGAUGCAGUCCCAUCGAAAGCCAUCACCGAAGAAGAACACAGAUUCAACUAUGCCUAAAGAGAAUCCUCAGGAAUACACUCAGCCAAGAAAGGACGAGAAUCUCACUUACAGAAUAUGGAACUUGCAGGCAAAUGAAAAAUCUAUUCGACUUCUUGUACGUACUUCAGUCGAUACAGCCGUUGUAACCUCCAAUGGCGAAUUUAGAACUUUCCUGAUGAUUCCCAAAACGGAAUACCAACCAUGGUUUGGAGGAGAAUGUUUGUCCACCCGCGAAAUGAAUGAACAAUGGAUCGAUUUACAUUUAAGACCCGAAUGCAAACUUCUCCGUCUUCGGUUAGACGCGUACACUGGCGAUUUUCUCAUGUGUGAACAAAAGGACGCUGCCUGCCUCGAAGCCGAGAUAAGUUUUCAGUAUGGAACACAUAACAAGCCAGCAAACUCACUUCAAACUAUAUGGGCUGUCUUGUCUUCGUUAUGCGACCUUAAUUUGGGACCAGGACAGUUUCUACUCCGGCACGGCUUUCACGACGGUAUUUGUAUCCAAGUAUGGGAAUCGACUGAAAAGGAAUCUUCGUCCCUAGAUCUGCACAAAAUUUACAGCGAAAUAGAUACAACUGCUAAUGCAGUGCGUGAUACAAGUGAAAACUGGUCAGCGCUUGAUCCCUGCGCAGUAUUCCCCAUACAACGAGCACUUAACCGACCACCGCUUACGUUUGAACCGACUGAAGAUUUGAAACAGACGCAAAUAAAAAGAAAAGCUGACGGGGGCAAAAGGAAAAACACAAAAAAGAAGAGACAAGGAGUGGCAAAUGAUAAACUCUAAUGCUACAUAAGAUACCUCGCACUUUAGUCAUGGAAAGGCUCCCUUUGACUGUGCUCACCUUUGUGCAGUGAUAUCUAUUCAAUAAACUUCCACAAAUCAAGAACGAAGGUCUUACACAGAAAUGUAAAAAAAGUCAGUUU